AUGGCCCCUUACGGCAGCGAUCCUCUAAGCCAGCGCCUCCCAAGACGGCUCGCCGAGAUCUUCGAAACCGAUCGCCUCGAGGUGCUGCCAAUGGCCGCCGGCACUGGCGCCAACGCUCUCGCCUUGGGCCUGCUGGCAGCACCGCAAUCCCGAGUGAUCUGCCAGCACGAGAGCCACAUCUAUGCCCACGAGUGCGGUGCCCCCGAGUUCUACAUUGACGGCGCCCGGCUCGAGCCUCUGGCCGCCGAGCAUGCGCGGUUGACUCCGGCGACCCUCACCGCCUAUCUGCAGGACCAGGUCGCUAGGACUGAUUCUGAGCGCCCUCCGACGGUGCUCAGCCUGACCCAGGCCACCGAGCUCGGCACGGUCUACCAGGCAGCAGAGCUCACCGAGCUAGCCGACCUGGCUCGCCACCAUGGCCUGCGGGUCCACCUCGACGGCGCCCGGUUUGCAAACGCGGUGGCCGCUACCGGCGCCAGCCCGGCCGAGUUGAGCUGGAAAGCGGGCGUCAACGCCCUGGCUUUCGGUGGCACCAAGAACGGUGCCCUGGCAGCCGAAGCGUUGCUGAUUUUCGACCCUGAGAUCGCUGCGCAAGCGCGCGAACGGCUCAAACGCGGUGGCCAGCAGUGGGCCAAAGAGCGCUUCCUCUCGGCCCAGCACUUGGCCCUGCUCGAAGACGACCUGUGGCUGCGCAACGCCCACCACGCCAACCACCAAGCCGCCCGCCUGGCCGAGGGUCUGGUCGAGGUCCCCGGCGUCGAGCUGGCUCACCCGGUAGAGACCAACCAGGUCUUCGCCGAGCUUGGAGAGCUGAUCGCCGCCAAGCUCGAAGCCGAUGGCUACCGGUUUUGGCGUUGGCGAGAUACCAAGAGCCAGGUCGUCGCCCGCUUCGUCUGCGCCUUCGACACGCCGCCCGCGGCAGUCGACCAGUUGGUCGCCGCGGUCAAAGGCGCUCAGGCAACAAUCGACUCUAGAUAG